AUGUUUAGUAAUGAUAAUGAUGCAGUAGCAGUUGAUAUUACUUGUUUUAAAGUUUCCACGGUGACACAUUUUGAAAGAUUCCAUGGUGAACUAACUUUAUUUCUACCAGUAUUAAACUGAAAUGAAAAGAUAUAAAAAUAGUGAUCAUUAGAAAGCUCCUCUAUAAAUUUAGGCGAAUAUGUUCAGUUAUCACGCUGUAUAUUUCUAUUUUAUUCACACAUGUAUUACUGCUUCUUUAAACUUUCCAUAAACGCAUUCGUUAACUAGUAACAACAGUAGAACUAACGAAUAUAUCAGAGGAAGCUUUCAGACUUUAGCUUCAUGAUCCACGCUUCAUCCUUUGUUGUCUUAUUUUAUCAGGAUACGCCUAUCUCUGGUUAGAUGAUAGGGACAUGGUGAUGCAACAGUUUCUCGAGUAUAGCCGACAAUUGACGGUGGAGGAAAUGGAGAUGGUGGCCGUGCAGGAUCCCAAGGGGCCGACACGGUCACCGCCGAAAAUGGAGCAAUUCCGCGAGCAAAUCGACCUUUACGAGGGCCUCUAUCUCGAGAUCGAGGAAAUGGAACCGUCGAAAGUGUUUUGUGGCUGGUUCAGGGUAGACCUCAAACCCUUCAGACAGUCGGUGCUGAACAUGGUCUGCAAAUGGUCGAGCAUGUUCAAGAGACAUCUGGUCGAUCGCGUUACCAGCAGCCUCUCGGAUUUGGGAUCGUUUAUAAGACGAGCGGACGAGGGUUUGCUUCAACCGAUACAGCCAGGAGACUACGCUGGAUUGGUUAGCGUGAUGGGUUAUCUGUUGCAAGUGAAAGAGAGGCAACCAACUACAGACGAAAUGUUCCAGCCACUAGAAGAGACGAUCGAACUGCUAAAAUUUUAUGAUCAAGAUAUUCCAGAGGAAGUGAAUGUUCUCCUUCAAGCAUUGCCCGAACAAUGGGCUAAUACGAAGAAAUUGGCCUUUAUGGUUAAACAGCAAGUGGCACCUUUGCAAGCAGGCGAAGUGUCCAGGAUAAGAGGACGAAUCUCCGCGUUCGAUACAACAAUAACUCACUAUCGCGAAGCUUUCCGACGAUAUAAUUUCUUCAAAUACGACUGUCAGAAUCCUUACGAGCUGCUAGAUGAGGGACACAAGGAGAUCCUGAUGUUAGAACGUCAAAUGAAAGACAUCCAAGAGUCUGCGUCGUUAUUCGAGGUUAUCGUGCCAGAGUUCAAAGUGUUGAAACAAUGUAGAAGAGAGUUGAAGAUGUUGAAACAACUUUGGGACUACGUGAAUAUCGUUAGAAGCUGUAUCGAAGGAUGGAAGACCACGCCAUGGAGAAAAAUUGACGUGGAGAACAUGGACAUCGAGUGCAAGAAGUUCGCCAAGGAGAUACGAGCUCUGGACAAGGAAAUGAGAUCGUGGGACACUUACGUGUCACUGGAGGCGACCGUGAAGAAUAUGUUAACAUCCUUGAGGGCUGUAGCUGAGCUUCAGAAUCCAGCCAUAAGGGAAAGACACUGGAGGCAAUUGAUGAACAGCACCAAGGUACCAGCGGAGGUUAAAAAACGAAGGAUAGGUUUACGAAAAGUGUUGAAAGCGAAAAUUAGGGUAUUUUUGGGGAGGUACACGAAGGUGUUUAGAGCUAGUUGCACCGCUGUAUAUAAGCUAUCGGUGUUACAGAAGCUGGGCGACAUGACUCCAGAAAUGACCGUACAAUUCGUCAUGGACGAGUCUACCACGUUGGCCGAUCUUCUGGAGUUGAAUCUUCACGAGUGCGAGGAAGAAGUGAAGAACAUCGUCGACAAAGCGGUGAAGGAAAUGUCUAUGGAAAAGUACAUGAGAGAACUGAACGCCACCUGGUCGAAAAUGGAGUUCGAGAAAGAAAUUCACGCCAGAACUGGCGCUACCUUAAUAAGAGCUAGCGAAGAAUUGAUCGAAACCUUGGAAGAGAACCAGGUUCAGCUGCAGAAUCUCAUCACUUCGAAAUUCAUCGCCCAUUUCCUCGAAGAGGUAUCCAGCUGGCAACGGAAGCUGAGCAUCGCGGAUCAAGUGACGACGAUCUGGUUCGAGGUGCAACGAACGUGGAUGCACCUCGAGAGUAUCUUCACGUCCUCGGAAGAUAUAAGAAGACAAUUGCCAGUGGACGCGGAGAGGUUCGAUCGAAUCGACAAACAGUUCAAGGAAAUGACGGAGGAACUAGCGAAAACGCCGAACGUUGUAGAAGCGACGAACAGAGAAGGGCUCGUGUCCUCGCUCGAUAUCCUGCAGAAGGAAUUGGUCCUCUGCGAGAAAGCCUUGGCAGAAUAUUUGGAAACGAAGCGUCUCGCGUUCCCGAGAUUCUACUUUGUUUCGUCCAGCGAUCUGUUGGAUAUUUUGUCGAAUGGAAAUCAACCGGAGGUCGUGGCCAAGCAUCUGACGAAACUGUUCGACUCUAUGGCCCGAUUGAAAUUCGAUGACGCGGCUGCUGCCUCGCCAAGACGCGUAUUGGGUAUGUUCGCGAAAGACGGGGAGUACGUGGAAUUCGCGAACUGCGAGAUGAGCUGCGAGGGGGCGGUGGAAGCGUGGUUGAAUCGUUUGCAGCAAGUGAUGAGAAUCACAAUAAGACACUAUUUCAGCGAGGCUGUAGUGACGUACGAGGAGAAGCCUCGAGAACAAUGGUUGUUCGACUAUCCGGCGCAGGUCUCCCUCUGCGGGACGCAAAUUUGGUGGACGACCGAGGUGAACAUCGCGUUCGCCAGGUUGGAGGAGGGUUAUGACAAUUCGUUGAAAGAUUACCUGAAGAAACAAAUCUCUCAAUUGAGUAUACUGAUCACGUUGCUGAUCGGAGAGCUGACGAAACAGGAGAGGCAAAAGGUGAUGACCAUCUGCACAAUUGACGUACACUCUCGAGACGUAGUGGCGAAGUUAGUGCAAUCCAAGGUGGAGACGUCGCAGGCUUUCCAAUGGCAGAGUCAACUUCGUCAUCGUUGGGACGAGAAGGAGAAGGAUUGCUUUGCUAAUAUUUGCGACGCGCAACUGGUUAUAACACCGUUGACAGACAGAUGUUACAUAACACUGACCCAGUCUCUUCAUUUAAUAAUGGGCGGGGGACCAGCAGGCCCAGCCGGAACCGGAAAAACGGAGACUACCAAAGAUCUCGGCAGAGCUCUUGGCAUAAUGGUCUACGUGUUCAACUGUUCCGAGCAAAUGGACUACAAAUCCUGCGGCAACAUCUACAAGGGAUUAGCUCAGACUGGCGCCUGGGGUUGUUUCGACGAGUUCAACCGGAUCACGGUCGAAGUACUCUCUGUAGUGGCUGUCCAAGUGAAAUCGAUCCAAGACGCCAUUCGGGAUAAGAAAGAGAAGUUUAACUUCAUGGGAGAAAUAAUCGGCUUGACACCAACGGUCGGUAUAUUCAUCACCAUGAAUCCAGGUUACGCGGGACGAACCGAGUUGCCAGAGAAUUUGAAAGCCUUGUUUCGACCUUGUGCAAUGGUGGUCCCCGAUUUUGAGCUCAUCUGCGAGAUUAUGUUAGUUGCGGAGGGAUUCCAGGAUGCGAGAAUCCUAGCCAGAAAGUUCAUCACACUAUACACGCUAUGCAAGGAGCUCUUAUCGAAGCAGGACCAUUACGACUGGGGAUUACGCGCGAUAAAGUCGGUGUUAGUGGUCGCCGGAAGUUUGAAGAGAGGAGACCCGGGCAGACCGGAGGAACAAGUGCUCAUGAGAGCCCUCCGAGACUUCAACAUUCCGAAAGUGAUCUCCGACGAUCUGCCAGUGUUUAUGGGCCUGAUAGCCGACCUGUUCCCCGCGUUGGACGUCCCCAGGAAACGGGACGUUGAAUUCGAGAAGAUGGUGAAACAGGCGGCGGCGGAUUUGAUGCUGCAGCCGGAAGACGGUUUCAUCCUCAAGGUCGUUCAAUUGGAGGAACUGUUGGAGGUACGGCAUUCGGUGUUCAUCGUGGGCGGCGCGGGAUCAGGCAAGACUCAGGUCUGGAAGUCGCUGUUCAGAACGUAUCAGAACAUGAAGAGGAAACCCGUGUACAACGAUUUGAAUCCGAAGGCCGUGACGAACGACGAGCUGUUCGGAAUAAUCAAUCCAGCGACCAGAGAGUGGAAAGACGGCCUGUUCUCGGUGAUAAUGAGGGAACAGGCUAAUCUAGGCGGCGAGAAUCCCAAGUGGAUAGUAUUGGACGGUGACAUCGAUCCCAUGUGGAUCGAGUCUUUGAACACUGUCAUGGACGACAAUAAAGUUCUGACGUUGGCCAGCAACGAGAGGAUAGCUCUGACACCUGCGAUGAGGCUGCUGUUUGAAAUUUCCAAUUUGAGAACCGCCACUCCAGCCACCGUGUCCAGAGCCGGGAUCCUGUAUAUAAAUCCGCAGGAUCUGGGCUGGAAUCCUUACGUCACGAGCUGGGUGGAGAAGAGGACGUCGCCGAUAGAGAAAUCCAAUCUGGUCAUGCUGUUCGACAAGUACAUCCCUCCUUGCUUGGAGACACUGAGAACCAGGUUCAAGAAGAUAACACCGAUCGCCGACAUGGCGCACGUGGAGAUGCUGUGCCAUCUUCUCCACUGUCUUCUGAAGCCGGAGUUAACCGCUAAUGACUUUCUAAAGGAACAUUACGAGCUUUACUUUGUAUUCGCCGGUGUCUGGGCUUUCGGUUCCUCGAUGUUCCAAGACCAACUGGUCGAUUAUCGCGUGGAAUUCAGCAAAUGGUGGGUAAACGAGUUCAAGCAGAUCAGGUUUCCCUCUCAGGGCACGGUGUUCGAUUAUUACAUCGACUCUGAGACGAAGAGCUUCGUUCCAUGGACGCAACGUCUGCCAAAGUUCGAACUGGACCCCGAGAUGCCUCUCCAGGCUGUCCUCGUCUACACAGCCGAGUCUAUUCGAAUCAGAUACUUCCUGGACUUGUUGAUGAUCGAGAAACAUCCGGUGAUGCUGGUCGGAACAGCCGGUUCCGGGAAAACUGUCCUCGUCACGGAGAAACUGCUACAACUGUCUGAAAAUUACACGGUGUCCAACGUCCCUUUCAAUUUCUACACUUCCUCGGAGAUGUUGCAGAAGAUUCUCGAGAAAUCUCUGGAGAAGAAAGCCGGUAGAAAUUACGGGCCGCCUGGGAACAAAACUUUGGUGUAUUUCAUCGACGACAUGAACAUGCCGGAAGUAGAUACUUACGGAACUGUCCAACCGCACACUUUGAUUCGCCAGCACUUGGAUUAUGGCCACUGGUACGAUAGAACGAAGCUGACCCUGAAGGAUAUUCAUAAUUGUCAAUACGUUAGCUGCAUGAAUCCCACGGCUGGAUCGUUCACCAUUAAUCCUAGGCUACAGAGACACUUCUCGGUGUUUGCAGUCAGCUUUCCGAAUAUCGACUCGUUGACCACUAUCUACUCGUUCCCUAGUUCUGUCAUCGAAAUGUGUAACAACAUUGUUCAAGCAUCGAUUCAGUUACAUCAUCGGUGUGCUCAAAUGUUCCUGCCAACAGCGGUGAAAUUCCAUUACAUCUUCAAUCUUCGUGAUUUGUCGAACUGCUUCCAAGGAUUACUAUUCAGUGGGAACGAGUGUCUACAGUCUUCUAUAGAUUUAAUAAGACUAUGGCUCCAUGAGACGCAUCGCGUUUACGGAGACAAACUGAUCGAUGAAAAGGACAUCGAGAGCUUUUCUAAACUACAGCUGGAUAUCUUGAAGAAGAACGUGGAGGAAAUAGACGAAGGCGCCAUUUUGGAGAAACCUAACAUCUACUGUCAUUUCGCAGGAGGAGUCGGAGAGCCAAAGUACAUGGCAGUGAAGGACUGGUCGACGCUGCAUCGAUUACUAUCGGAAGCAAUGGUCAGCUACAACGAUCUGGUAGCCGCGAUGAAUCUGGUGCUGUUCGAGGACGCGAUGAUGCACGUGUGCCGGAUAAACAGGAUCCUGGAGUCGCCCCGAGGCAGCGCGCUUCUCGUCGGCGUUGGUGGUUCUGGCAAACAAAGCUUAUCGCGAUUGGCUGCUUUCAUAAGCUCGCUGGAGGUGUUCCAAAUUCAGUUGAAGAAGGGUUAUGGAAUCGCCGAUCUCAAGUUGGAGCUCGCUGUUCUAUAUAGCAAAUCGGGUCUGAAGAAUCUGGGCAUCGUGUUCCUGAUGACCGACGCCCAAGUGGCGAACGAACAGUUUCUUGUGCUGAUCAACGACAUGCUCGCUUCUGGCGAGGUUCCAGACCUCUUUGCUGAGGACGAAGUGGAGAACAUAAUAGCAGGAGUUCGUAACGAGGUGAAGGGCGCGGGGAUGCUGGAUACACGCGAGAACUGUUGGAAGUUCUUCAUCGACCGGGUCCGCCGCCAGCUCCGGAUAGUUCUCUGCUUCUCGCCGGUCGGGUCCACUUUAAGGAUACGCUCGAGGAAAUUCCCGGCGAUAAUAAAUUGCACGGCGAUAAACUGGUUCCACGAAUGGCCGCAAGAAGCUUUGAUGUCUGUGUCGAAGAGGUUCCUGCAGGAGUUGGACGAACUUCCGGAAAGUUACAGGGAGUCCGCGGCGAAAUUUAUGGCCCACGCUCACACCAGCGUCAACGUGGCCAGCAGGCAUUAUUUGGCCAGCGAGCGUCGAUACAACUACACCACGCCGAAAUCCUUCCUCGAGCAGAUCAGCUUGUACAGCAGGCUGUUGAAAACGAAGGCCAGCGAGCUUCGCGGCCGAGUGGCCAGGCUGGAGAACGGUUUGGAGAAGCUUCGCUCGACCGCGGUGCAGGUGGAUAAGCUGAAGGAGAAACUGGCGACGCAGGAGGUGGAACUGCAACAGAAGAACGACGCGGCCGAUGCUCUGAUCGCGAUCGUCGGCAUCGAGACGGAGAAAGUGCAGAAGGAGAAGGCCAUAGCGGACGAGGAAGAAUCGAAGGUCGCUAUAAUAGCCGAAGAGGUAUCGAAAAAGCAGAAGGACUGCGAGGUGGAUUUGAUGAAGGCCGAGCCAGCCCUCUUGGCCGCCCAAGAGGCCCUGAAUACACUGAACAAGGCGAAUCUCACGGAAUUGAAGUCGUUCGGCUCGCCACCGGGUGCUGUGACGAACGUAACUGCCGCCGUGAUGGUCCUCUUGGCUCCAGCUGGGAAAAUACCCAAGGACAGGAGCUGGAAAGCUGCCAAGAUCAUGAUGGCCAAGGUCGACACGUUCCUCGACUCCCUGAUCAACUACGACAAAGAGAACAUCCACCCGGAGGUGAUAAAGGCGAUACAACCGUAUCUGAAAGACUCGGAAUUCGAGCCAGAAUUCGUGAGAUCGAAAUCAGCGGCAGCUGCGGGCCUCUGCGCCUGGGUGAUCAACAUCAUCAAGUUCUACGAGGUGUUCUGCGACGUGGAGCCAAAGAGGAAAGCGUUGGCUCAGGCGAACGCGGAAUUGGCCGCCGCUCAGGAGAAACUGAGCGUGAUCAAACGGAAAGUUGUCUCGUUGGAGGAGCAAUUGGCCAAGUUGACGGCAGACUUCGAGCAGGCAACGUCCGAGAAGCUCAAGUGUCAACAAGAGGCGGACGCGACCAACGCCACGAUUGCUCUUGCUAACAGGCUCGUUGGCGGUUUGGCCUCGGAAAAUGUACGAUGGGCAGAUUCGGUGGCCAAUUUCAUGCAACAAGCGUCCACGUUACCCGGCGACGUUCUCCUAGUAACGGCGUUCAUAUCCUACGUGGGAUGUUUCACGAAACAGUUCCGCCAGGAUCUGUUACACAAGCAAUGGCUACCAUUCUUGCGUAGCGUGGAACCUACAGUGCCAAUCACCGAUGGGCUAGACCCUUUAUCGUUGUUAACAAACGACACGCAGAUUGCCAAGUGGAACAACGAAGGACUACCAAACGACAGAAUGUCAACGGAGAACGCGACUAUCCUGACGAGCUCGGACCGAUGGCCCUUGAUGAUCGACCCUCAGCUCCAGGGAAUUAAAUGGAUCAAGCAGAAAUAUGGGGAGGAACUUCGCGUGAUUAGGCUAGGGCAGAAGGGUUACUUGGACGUUAUCGAGCAAUGCCUAGCAACCGGGUCGACGGUGCUCGUCGAGAAUAUCGGCGAAACGGUGGAUCCGGUGUUGGAUCCGCUGUUGGGCAGAAACUUGAUUAAGAAGGGUCGCGCGAUCAAGAUCGGCGACAAGGAGGUCGAAUACAAUUCGCUAUUCAGAUUAUUAUUGCACACGAAGCUGGCUAAUCCCCAUUACAAGCCCGAGAUGCAGGCCCAAACUACUCUAAUUAAUUUCACGGUAACGAGGGACGGUUUGGAGGAUCAAUUACUCGCGGAGGUAGUGAAAGCCGAGCGGCCGGAUCUCGAGGAGCUGAAGGCCGAGCUCACCAGACAGCAGAACGAUUUCAAGAUCACGCUCAACAGUUUGGAAGAUUCUCUCUUAUCGAGAUUGUCGUCAGCGGGCAGCAACGUUUUAGGAGAUACGUCGCUGGUGGAGAACCUGGAGACGACGAAGAGGACCGCGGCGGAAAUCGAGUCGAAGGUGACAGAAGCCCGUGGCACAAGUCGCGAAAUCGACGCGGCGAGAGAAUUGUAUCGACCAGCAGCAGCCAGGGCCUCGCUCCUCUACUUCAUCUUGAACGAUCUGAACACCAUCAAUCCAAUCUAUCAAUUUUCCUUGAAAGCUUUCAGCGUGGUGUUCCAAAAAGCCAUCUCGAAGGCCGAUCCCGCCCCGGACGUGUCCGCGAGAGUGAAGAAUCUGAUCGAGUGCAUCACCUACUCGGUGUUCAUGUACACGAGUAGAGGGCUGUUCGAGUGCGACAAACUGAUCUUCGCGUCGCAGAUGGCGUUUCAGAUAUUGCUCGCGAGGAACGAGGUAACUGCCGGAGAGUUGGAUUUCCUCUUGCGAUUCCCCAUCACGCCGCACGUUACCUCGCCUGUCGAUUUUCUUAGUAACACCAGCUGGGGUGGAAUUAGGAGCCUCGCCAGCAGAGAAGAAUUUCGAAAUUUAGAUAGAGACAUAGAGAGCUCGGCGAAGAGAUGGAAAAAGCUGGUGGAAUGCGAGUGCCCGGAGCGGGAGAAAUUCCCACAGGAAUGGAAGAACAAGACGACUAUUCAGCGUCUGUGCAUGCUCAGGGCACUACGCCCCGACAGAAUGACCUAUGCAAUCGCAGCAUUUAUCGAGGAGAAGCUUGGCCCAAGGUACAUCGAGGGUAGGACCGUCGAAUUCGCCAAGUCUUACGAGGAAACCAGCCCUUCUACACCGAUCUUCUUUAUCCUUUCUCCUGGCGUGAAUCCUCUGAAGGAUGUGGAAGACCUGGGUCGUCGUUUGGGUUACACGUUGGAUAAUCAAAAUUUCCACAACGUGUCUCUCGGCCAGGGGCAAGAAUCUGUCGCUGAACAAGCUAUGGACGUGGCUGCGAAGAAUGGACAUUGGGUCGUCCUGCAGAAUAUUCAUUUGGUGAAGAAAUGGUUGCCACUAUUGGAGAAGAAAUUGGAAAUAGCAGCCGAGGGCUCGCAUGAAAAUUAUAGGGUGUUCAUGAGCGCGGAGCCAGCUACCACGCCAGCAGGACACAUCAUCCCUCAGGGAAUCCUCGAGUCGUCUAUUAAGAUUACGAACGAACCACCCACGGGGAUGCAGGCGAAUCUGCACAAAGCAUUGGACAAUUUCACCCAGGAGACGUUGGAGAUGUGCAGCAAGGAGGCAGAGUUCAAGGCCAUUCUAUUUUCCCUUUGUUAUUUCCACGCGGUGGUCGCCGAACGUCGGAAAUUCGGUCCACAAGGCUGGAAUAAAAUCUAUCCCUUCAACGUGGGCGAUCUUCAUAUCAGCGUUAGCGUGUUGUACAAUUAUUUGGAGGCUACGUCCAAGGUGCCUUGGGAGGACUUGAGGUAUCUUUUCGGGGAAAUUAUGUACGGCGGGCAUAUAACUGACGACUGGGACAGAAGGCUUUGCGUCUCCUAUCUCGAGGAAUUAAUGCAACCUGAAUUGGUCGACGGAGAAUUGCAACUAGCGCCAGGGUUCCCAGCACCGCCAAAUACGGAUUUAGUCGGCUAUCACGCCUAUAUAGACGAAGCAAUGCCUCCAGAAUCGCCUUAUUUAUACGGCUUGCAUCCAAAUGCAGAAAUAGGUUUCCUAACUAUGACUGCAGAGAACCUCUUCAAAACUGUCUUCGAAAUGCAACCAAGGGAUGCAGGUAGCUCUGGUGGACAAACAGUAACCAGAGAGGAGAAGGUGAAGCAAAUACUAGACGAAAUAAUGGAGAAACUUCCGGAGGAGUUCAACAUGACAGAAAUAAUGGGCAAAGUGGAGGAGAGGACUCCGUACGUGAUCGUGGCGUUCCAAGAGUGCGAGCGAAUGAAUUAUUUGACCACCGAGAUAAAACGGUCUCUACGUGAACUGGAUUUAGGCCUGAAGGGAGAACUAACGAUCACUUCAGACAUGGAGGACCUGGAGAACGCGUUGUUUCUCGACCAAGUGCCACCUGUUUGGGCCAAAAGAGCUUAUCCAUCUCUCUUAGGACUCGCAGCCUGGUUCGUCGACUUGUUACUGCGAAUCAGAGAAUUGGAGACGUGGUCCACCGACUUUGUCCUGCCACCGUCGGUCUGGUUGGCUGGAUUCUUUAAUCCUCAGUCGUUGCUCACGGCUAUCAUGCAAUCGACAGCUAGGAGGCAGGAGCUUCCGCUUGACAAAAUGUGCUUGCAGUGCGAUGUGACGAAGAAGAACAAGGAGGAGUUCACGUCAGCUCCAAGAGACGGUGCUUAUAUUCAUGGGAUAUUUAUGGAAGGAGCACGAUGGGACGUGCAGUCCGGAGUCAUAAUGGAUUCAAAAGCGAAAGAAUUAUUUCCAGCGAUGCCAGUGAUCAACGUGAGAGCGAUUACGCAGGAUAAACAGGAUCUGAGGAAUAUGUACGAGUGUCCCGUUUAUAAAACAAGAACUCGAGGACCAACCUACGUGUGGACUUUUAAUUUAAAGACGAAAGAUAAGCCAGCAAAAUGGACGCUGGCGGGUGUAGCAUUGUUACUUCAAACUUGAAUAAUAAUAGUACUGAGAUAAUUGUGAUGAAAUGAAUAAAUUAAAUGAAGAAUUAACAUGAGGAUUAAAUUUUCGUAUACCGUUCGACGAAGAACGCAUUAACACUGCAUGAUGCGUUCGGCGAUGUGAAGCGAUAUCAAGCGUGUAUUCAAAACGAGAGAGAGAGUGAUUUUGAAGUCGAAUCGAUUAGUUUCUAUAAUAUAUUUAUAAAUCAUUUGCAGGCCUAUGUCUUUUAGCCUCAGAACAAACUGAUGAAGUUUGA